AGUGCGUUUUACGUUGUUCUUUUUUUUUGUUCGACUGUGAUUGCGUUGUAAUUAUUGUGGAAUUGACGCGACAUUGAAAUGCUGUGUUGUGUCGCAGUUAUCAGGGCACAAACCGUAAUUGCCUCACAAAUACUUAUACACACAUGCUAUUAUAACUUUUGGUGGUGGUAAGCGCCACAUGUACUUGUGUAUGCAUACGCAGCGGUGUGGAUUUUCUAGCUAUCAUUUUUUUAUCGAAAGUCGAAUUGUUUUAAUUUUUUAAAAUAAAAUAUUCCCUCCCUCUCUCUCCAAAUACUAACUGCGUGCGUAAAAAUUUUCAGAAAAUGGGGCGGCAUCAGGAAAAUCGCCUAAGAUUGUCGUCAAGAACGAAAGUAGCCGAAACAGAGCAUAAAGUCGAUUCGAAAUUGGCGAAGACAAAUCCGAAUGGCCAAAUUGAGUGCAUUAUUUGCAAAGUCACUGUGAAAUCGGCCACAUUAUGGAAGGUGCAUGUAAACUCCAAGUUGCACAAGGAACGCAUAACGAUUGUAAAGCAAAUAAAAUCAUCUUUUAAAGGCGGCAUACCGGAAACGAGUACGAAGUUGUCCACGGUCACACCACAAAUGCCAAAAUCAUCCACAAAAGUAGUAGAAACGCCGAAAGGGGCUGUUGCAGUCCAACAAAGUCUUAAAAGCACACAACAAAUUAUACCAAAAACGGCGCCUACACCUGUAUCUACUGAAAAAUCCACAUCCGCCAAUAAUGUAGACACUGUGUUGCCAGAGAAGUUCUUUGAUGAUCCCGUGAAGGAUGCGAAAAUUCGUAAUGCAGAAUAUAAGGACCCACAAGCGGAUGAAUGGGAACGUUUUCAGCGUGAAAUUCGUGAAGCAUCCUCUGUAUCUGUCGCAAUUAUUGCUGGUGAGCAGAUGGAAUCGGCAUUCGAUCGUGACUUGGAUGAGAUCAAUGAUCAAAUGAAGCAUUGGUCUAGGUAUAUGAAUUUGGAGGCGCGCAAGGGCGUGCUUAGUGUAAAUAAAGACCACAAAUCCGAAACUCACAGUUCUGAUGAGAAUGAAAGUGAUGAUGAGACAACAGCAACUUCUGAAUUUUCGGACUGGCGUUCGAAGUCAUUUCUUUAAAACCACUUUUUGAGCGAUUAUCUGAUCUGAUCUGAUAUUUACUAAUAUAAAUAUGUAUGUAAAACAAAUAUGUUAUGUUGGUUAACAUCUUCAUGGAUGGAAUAAAAUAAUUUUUAAGAUUCAUUAUUAAACAAAAA